GUUUGUUCUUUCUCUCUUUAACACAGACAAAGCUCAGCUUCUCGUUCAUGAUCGAUUCAUGGCUUCAAAGCUAUCAGCUUAUUUCUUGAGUCCGUUCUUUGGUACUAACAACUCUAAUAACACUAUCAGUAACAGUAUCAGUAGUAAUGAGCACUUAAAUGUUCGCUUGUUUCUUUCUUCUCGUCGGUUCUCUCCGGCUUCUUGUAAAAUGCGACAGCGGAACUUCAGUUCGCAGCAGAAGAGGCAACACGUGAAGAAAAACUUGCCUCAGCAGCCUCCAGUGGUUGCAGAUUCUGUGGAACGUGUUGACGCUGACGGUGACGAUGACGCUGACUCUGAAUCUGGAAAUGAUUUGACGGACGCUGAGGUAAGCUUAAAUGAAGAAAUUGUAGAUGAUAUUGUGAACAAUCAUGUAGCUGUGGAAGAUACAAAUGAAGAGGAUUUGGAAAGCGCAAUUGUGCCUGAGCUGAAGAAAACUUCGCUUUUAAAUAGAGAAGGUGAAGACCAGUUUUCAAGUUCUCAACUUCAUAAUCUGAUGAACAUGAUAAGAAAUGCUGAGAAAAAUGUCCUUCUUCUCAACCAAGCACGAGUUCAAGCUCUUGAAGAGCUUCAGAAAAUUCUCAGUGAGAAGGAGUCUUUGCAAGGAGAAAUAAACGUUCUGGAGAUGAGAUUGGCUGAAACUGAUGCACGGAUGAAAGUUGCUGCUCAAGAGAAGAUACAUGCAGAACUCUUGGAAGAUCAAUUGCAGAAGCUACAGAAUGAAUCGGCUCUCAGUGGAGUUUCCGAAAAUAGUGACCUGGACAUGUACAAAUGUCAAAGCAAUGUACUGAACAAUAGUAGUAUUAAUUCUCUUAGUCAGGAGCUUGAUUCUUUGAGGACAGAGAAUCUUUCGUUGAAGGGGGAUAUAGAAAAACUUAAAACAGAGCUAAAUAAUGUCAAGAAUACAGAUGAGCAUGUAGAAAUGCUGGAAAAAGAACGCUCACUCUUGCAGUCAUCUUUGAAAGAACCAGAAUCUAAAUUUUCAAUAUCUCAAGAAGAAGUUUCAGAACUUUCUACUCUAAAAGUUGAAUGCAUGGGCUUAUAUAAGAAGAUAGAAAAUCUGCAGGGAUUGCUGGAUAAGUUGAGUAAACAGGCAGAUCAAGCUAUUUUAGUGUUACAGCAAAACCAGGAGAUGAGAAAGAAGGUUGAUAAGUUGGAAGAAUCUUUUGAUAAAGCUAAUAGCUACAAGUUAUCUUCAGAAAAAAUGCAGCAAUACAAUGAGCUAAUGCAACAAAAAAUAAGACUAUUGGAAGAGCGUCUUCAAAGGUCUAAUGAAGAGAUACAUUCCUAUGUUCAAUUAUAUCAAGAAUCUAUGAAAGAAUUUCAAGACACCCUUGGUAGUUUGAAAGAAGAAAGCAAGAACAGGGCACUAGAUGAGCCUUUGUAUGAUAUGCCUUCGGAAUUUUGGAGUCGCUUGUUGCUUAUGAUUGAUGGCUGGUUUCUUGAGAAGAAAAUAUCAACCAGCGAAGCAAAGCUAUUGAGAGAAAUGGUGUGGAAGAGGGACAGACAUAUUCAUGAUGCAUACAUGGCAUGCCAGGAGAAAAAUGAACAUGAAGCGGUCUCUGCAUUUCUCAGGCUGACAUCAUCAACAACAAGUUCAGGGUUGCAUAUCAUUCAUAUUGCAGCAGAGAUGGCACCAGUAGCUAAGGUUGGUGGUUUGGGGGAUGUUGUGACUGGUCUUGGUAAAGCACUGCAAAAGAGAGGUCACCUCGUAGAGAUUGUUCUUCCAAAGUAUGAUUGCAUGCAGUAUGAUCAUAUAGACAACAUGAGGGCUUUGGAUGUGGUGGUAGAGUCAUACUUUGAUGGAAGACUAUUCAAAAACAUAAUUUGGGUCGGCACAGUUGAAGGUCUUCCUGUUUAUUUUGUUGAGCCUCUUCAUCCUGAUAAAUUCUUUUGGAGAGGACAAUAUUAUGGAGAACAUGAUGAUUUCAAACGUUUUUCUUUCUUUAGCCGUGCAGCACUUGAGUUACUCCUUCAAGCUGGCAAGAAACCGGACAUCAUCCAUUGCCAUGAUUGGCAGACAGCUUUUGUUGCACCACUCUAUUGGGAUUUAUAUGCCUCAAAGGGAUUGAAUUCAGCUAGAAUAUGUUUUACUUGCCACAACUUUGAGUACCAAGGAACUGCACCUGCUUCAGCGUUGGCUUCUUGUGGUCUUCAUGUCCAGCAUCUAAACAGACCAGACAGGAUGCAGGACAAUUCAUCACAUGAUAGGGUCAAUCCUAUUAAAGGUGCAAUUGUGUUCUCUAAUAUUGUGACAACAGUAUCACCCUCCUAUGCACAGGAAGUGCGUACAGCAGAGGGUGGACGAGGCCUUCAUUCAACCCUUAAUUGCCACUCUAAAAAAUUCUUUGGGAUUCUAAAUGGAAUUGAUACUGAUGCAUGGAAUCCUGCCUCCGAUGCAACCCUUGAAGUGCAGUACAAUGCUAAUAAUCUUCAAGGGAAAGCAGAAAAUAAGCUAGCCUUAAGAAGGCAUCUUGGACUUUCUUCUGCUGGUACAAGGCAACCAUUGGUUGGAUGCAUAACAAGAUUGGUGCCACAGAAAGGUGUGCAUCUUAUUAGACAUGCAAUCUAUCGAACAUUGGAACUGGGAGGACAGUUUGUACUUCUUGGCUCAAGCCCAGUGCCACAUAUCCAGAGCGAGUUCAAGGGCAUUGCCAACCAGUUUAAGAUUCAUGAUCAUGUUCGGCUGAUAUUGAAGUAUGAUGAGUCUCUUGCCCAUUCCAUUUAUGCAGCAUCAGACAUGUUCAUAAUCCCAUCUCUCUUCGAACCUUGUGGCCUUACACAGAUGAUAGCAAUGAGAUAUGGUUCGAUACCCAUUACAAGAAAAACUGGUGGUCUAAAUGACAGUGUAUUUGAUGUUGAUGAUGACACAAUACCUUUCCAGCAUCGAAAUGGAUAUACAUUUCUGAAUCCUGAUGAACAGGGAGUAAACAGUGCAUUAGAGCGUGCAUUUAGCCACUACAGAAACAACCCUGAGAGUUGGCAUCAGCUUGUUUGCAAGGUCAUGAAUAUGGAUUGGAGUUGGGAAACUUCAGCAUUACAGUACGAGGAACUUUAUGCAAAAUCUCUGGCCAGAGCAAGGGCCUUUGCAAAUCGAUCUAAGGCUUAGUCUGAUUGCUUAAGAGCUUUUCCAUGAAAAUUUGUUAGCUCAUUUCUUAUCAGAAAAAAUCAAGUUUGCGGUUUCAUUAAGAGGUAAGCGGUUGCAUUGCAUAUUUUUCACAACCACGAAUAUUUUUUCAAUUUUUUCAUGAACUGAAACCUCAAGUAAAUUCAGGGGUGAAGUUUAUGCUUUGUACUAUACUACAGUGAUCAAUGUAGAUCUAUGUACAGCUUACAAUACUUGUUCGAAUGAGAUAUGACAAGAUAGACUGGAUGACUUGUUUUUGCUAUU